UAUUAAACCAUCAGUAAAUGAUUUAUCUGAGCUCGUUGACUUUGCUGGUGAGCUUUGAGAUUUUAAUCUGUCUCUACCUGAUUAUAUUUUUAUUUCAAAUGAAAAAUAAAAACAAAUUAUUGACAUUUCGGAUUGAGAAUAGUUUUUCUAAUAUUUUACAUCCAUAAAUGUAAAAAUGUAUGUUUUUAAACCAUACGCAUUUACUGAAAAUAACAAUGAUAAUAAUAACGAUAAUAUUGAAAACCCAAUUGGCAGAGUUUGUCCAAUAAUAAAUUGUAAUGAUAAAUAUUUAUAUUCAUAUUGUGGUUCAAGCGGUCAUGGUGGCAUUGAAUCAAGUAAUUCAUUAUUAGAAAAUGACGAAAUAUGGAAACAAAAUCGUCCAUAUUUUCGUGAGCUAUGGAAGUAUAAUUUAUCAACACAACAAUGGCAACGUUUUAAUAAUCAAUUACAAUUGCCGACUAAAAAAAUAAUUAUAUUCGCAACGUACUUUACACACGAUAAAUUAAUUCUAUGUGGAAAUAAAAAUUUAUCAAACAAUAAUGAUAAUGAAAAUUAUGAUGAUGACAAUAAUAACUAUCCGAUGUAUAUAUGUGAUUUAAUAACUGGUGAUAUUGAUGAAUAUAAUACCACAGGUUCAGUCCCUCAAUUAGAUUAUCAUCAGAAUUUUAUACGUGAUAAUAAUUAUUUAUACACACUUGGUUCCGGUUAUUUUUUUGAUGUACACAGAAUCGAAAUUACAACACGUAAAUGGGAAUGUGUUUAUAGAUGUUGCCGUAAAAAUUUAUUAAAUGAUCCACCGGUUAGAAUCGGGCUUACAUCUAUUAUUGAUGAUAAAAAAAUUUAUAUUUUUGGCGGCAUUACUGACUUUGAUUUAGAACCACCACUCAGGGAAAUUACGGUAUUUGAUAUCAAAUUGAAUUGUUGGAAUAUUUUACAAACAAUUGGUGAUGAUGAUAAUACACCAUCAUUCCCAACAGACAGAAGUUGUUUCAGUGUAGCACAUUAUAAAAAUUAUAAAAACGGCGAAUCAAGUGUUAUUUUAUCGGGUGGUGGUAACAUAAAUAAAUUAUUAGAUGAUAUUUGGGAGCUUAAUUUAAAAACUUUACAAUGGAACUGUUUAAGUAAAUUUAAUGCUAUUUUACCACGUCCUGUUAGUAAUCACUCAAUGUCUGUCACACCCAGUGGUAAAUUGUAUUCAUUUGGUGGAUAUGUCAGAGAUUCUGAAAAAAAGAAAUGACUCCAUCGAUUGAUUCCAAGAUCUUAUCAGCUCUAGAACUCAACGAAAUGCGUCGAUUGCCACCUCAACCAUCUUUGAAACAACUAGACCGAUCAAUUUCAAAUUUUAAUCAGUUCUAGGGUAUAAUCAAACCUGUCGAUUGUCGCCUCAACUAUCAAAAUCGGUCGAUUCGUUCGAGAGAUAUCGUUGGAGAAAAAAAUGGUAAAAACGUUUUUUUUUCAAAAACAAUGGCAUACAAGAGCAUUUUCGAGCUCGAUGAGCUCGAAAGUGCAUUCACAAUAAUGUUUUCGAGGUCCUUGAGCGGGAAGUUUUGGGGCUGGUCAGACAGUUUUUUUUUUUUAAUUUUUAGCUUUAAGAUAAGUCUACAAAACGAUGGGCAAUGAAAAAAAAUAUACGCGCUUUUUAUUUCAGGGCGCUUCUGAAAAGCGUAUAAAACGAUAAGUCCUUUUAGAAUUAUUAUCGCGACAUAACAUCAUAUCUAUCAUGCAUGCAUUAAAACAAAAUAGUUUUUAUUUUUAUAUGAUUAAAUUAUUUGUAAUUACACUUACUCUCUUUACAUUCAUAAUUAGAUAUAGCUUUGUAAUGAGCUUUACACUGACAUUUAUUAUUAAAACAAAUAGAAUUAUGAGGUGCACAUCGUUCAUUACUCCAACAAAAUUCAUCUAAAAGCGGGGCACAUGUGGCAUUAUUUAUGACAAUUCUGUUUUCUUUACAAGUACACUUUUUAUUGUUAGAACAUUUAAAAUGCAUCGAAUCUUUACAGUGGUAAUCACUGUAACAGGAUUUUCCCAAAACCGCUAAAACAAAAAAUGAUUUACUUAUUUUUACGAGUGAAUACAUUUAAAUAUUUAAACUUACUUGGCACACAUUGAUUGUCAAAAUUUAAUUCGAAAAAAGGUUUACAUUCACAUUUAUAAUUAAUGCAAGUAGAAUUUUCAAUAGAACAGUCCGUAUCGUUCAAACAAAAUCCACUUGUGAGUUUCCCACAAGUUGUUGAAUUUAAUGGAACUAAAUUAUCUGUACAUUGACAUUUUUUAUCCUUAUUACAAUACAAAUCAAACAUAUUCAAGCAAUCUAUAUCGGUUCGACAAGAAUCUCCUAUAAGCGCUGAAAUUUUUUUUUAAAUUCAUAAAUGAAUUUUAUUUCUCUAAUAAAAAUUAAAUUUAAAGUUAUACACAAAAAAAAAUCAUACCCGGUUGCAAACAUAAAAAUGAACUUUUAUAUGAAUUCCAAGUUAUUGCUUGGCAUUCGCUACUUUCUUCACAACAUGGAGUUCUGAGAUUUGGAUUACACUAAUGAAAACAAAAAAAAAAGGAACAUAUUCGACUUUAAGUAUAUAAAAAAAAGCUUAUCAUUAUUAAUUAAAUACUCACCUGUUUAUCAUAAACAACGCAUUCACUAAUGUUAUAAUCAAUGUAUUGAUCAAUAUAAUCGUUUUCAGUAUAAGGAGUAUCUAUGAUAUGAGCAUGACUAAUUUCAUAGAUAUUCAAAAUUAUUACAAAUAUAAUUUUACUGUACAUUGUUACUAUCACGAAUGUCACACGAAUGUGAUUGUUGGAAUGAAACUAUUCCUUUUAUUCGAUCAUUUUUAAAUAUAGAACUAUGAGGUGAAUAUAUCUUAAUGAUGUUUUCAACUAAAAAGGAUAAAAAUAGUGUGUUUUUUUUUUUAUUUAUUAGUUGAUAAAUUUCAUAAAUUUUAUUUUUAAUUUAUAAUCAAUGUAGUAAUUAAAAAAAAAAAAAAACUGAGAGUUUGUUUGGACAUAGAAU